UCUACAUCCCCUUCCGAGCAUUAUGAAGCCGACGUUCCUCGCCCGCGCCGGGCCAUCCCUCACCCGCCCGCUCCGCCCAGCACUCCGUCCCCUCCUCCCCGCCAUCUCUGCCGCCCCCGCAUCCUCCGCUAUCAGCCCCGUGAUCCGACCACGGACACAGCCCGUGCAGCAGGCGCAGGCGCAGGCGCGCACCUUCUUCUCCCUCCCGGACAUUACCAAGCUGGCCAACCUUGUGCCGGGGGCCGAGAUCGAGACCUCGGGCGACGACCAGCGGUUCCAUGCGCGCAAGAUCCUCCCUUACUCCCCGGCGCAGCUGUAUGAGCUCGUUUCCGACGUGCCUGCCUACGUCGACUUCAUCCCCUUCUGCACCGCGUCCACCGUCCUCGACGCCCAGGGAUAUCCGACAUCAUGGAAGCCCGGACCUGAGCCGUUUGUUGUCGACGCCGAGCUGGCCGUCGGGUUCGGCGGGCUCGAGGAGAGAUAUGUCUCGCGCGUGGUGGGGACACCAUUUGAGAGUGUUUCGGCAACGGCAUCCAAGCGCACCCCGCUUUUCAAGAACCUCGUGACGACCUGGUCUUUCGCGCCAGCCGGCGCCGGCGGCCCCACCGCCUCUUCCACCCUCCUCACCAUCGACCUGACCUUCUCCUUCGCCAACCCGCUGCACCGCAUCGCGAGCCAGGCCGUCCUCCCCAAGGUGGCAGACAAGAUGGUCGAGGCGUUCGAGACGCGCGCAGGCGAGGUGUACGGCACCAGGUGAUAGUGUAUUAUUCAAAAAGGGCUUGCGGGUACGCAUAUGCAUACGUUGUUACUA